CACUGUCACACUCUCUCUGUCUUUAUUUUUCUCUCUCUGCAACACACUAUAAAGAAAGACGAAAGAAAACUUGUGUCCUUGAAACUUCUCUACUUUUGAGAUCUCUCUCGCCGCCCUUUUUUUGCCAGAAAACUUGAAUACCAUUUAACUCAACUUGAUUACUUGUAGCUACACAAAUUUGCAAUAAUUUCUGGGUUAUGCAUUGAAUUCUCACUCUUCUUUUUCUUUGUCUGAUUUAUUUGUUUCAUUUUCUGUCAAUUCUUGGAAACGAACAAAUAUUAAACCCCCAGCAGCUGCAUAUAUAUCCAUCUCUUUCUUUGAUUUCGUAUUGAUUGAGUAAAAGGUGUGUUAUUUCAUCAUCUGAGAUCUGGGUUCGAGAAAGAGACUGAUCGAAAGAAGAUCUGCUGGAAUUUUAAGGGUCUUUUUUUGGUAAAAAAAAAAAUCAAAGAAAAUGUUGCAUCAGAAGCAAGCAGAAGAAGCUAUUGUCACCACCUUCAAUGAGACUGAACAAGGUGGCAGGGAGGAGAAGCAAGUGGAAGAGCAACCCAUUUUCAGUGUCAAGAGUUUCCUCUGGCACGGCGGCUCCGUUUAUGAUGCUUGGUUCAGCUGUGCUUCAAAUCAAGUGGCACAAGUUCUAUUGACAUUGCCAUACUCAUUCUCCCAACUGGGAAUGCUAUCCGGAAUUUUGUUUCAAAUAUUCUAUGGCCUAAUGGGUAGUUGGACAGCCUACCUCAUCAGUGUUCUCUACGUCGAAUAUCGAAGUCGAAAGGAGAAAGAAGGUGUUAGCUUCAAGAAUCAUGUCAUUCAGUGGUUUGAAGUGCUGGAUGGAUUACUUGGUCCUUAUUGGAAAGCUGUGGGUUUAGCCUUCAACUGUACUUUUCUGCUAUUUGGAUCUGUCAUCCAACUCAUUGCUUGUGCAAGUAACAUAUAUUACAUAAAUGAUCGACUGGACAAGAGGACAUGGACUUAUAUAUUUGGAGCAUGCUGUGCCACUACAGUUUUCAUUCCUUCAUUUCACAAUUACAGAAUUUGGUCAUUUCUAGGCCUCGGAAUGACAACAUAUACGGCUUGGUACUUGACCGUAGCAGCCCUUGUUCAUGGCCAGGCUGAAGGUGUGCAACACUCGGGUCCAACGAAGCUGGUUCUAUACUUCACCGGAGCCACCAAUAUUCUUUACACCUUCGGUGGACAUGCUGUAACUGUGGAAAUUAUGCAUGCAAUGUGGAAACCUCAAAAGUUCAAGCACAUUUACUUAUUGGCCACAUUAUAUGUUUUCACUCUAACCUUGCCAUCGGCUUCUGCCGUCUACUGGGCGUUCGGAGAUCAGCUCCUUGACCACUCCAAUGCCUUCUCCCUCCUCCCCAAAACUGCUUGGCGGGAUGCUGCCGUUAUUCUUAUGCUCAUUCACCAGUUCAUUACAUUUGGAUUUGCAUGUACACCAUUGUACUUUGUGUGGGAGAAGGUAAUAGGAAUGCAUGACACAAAGAGCAUAUGUUUGAGAGCAGUUGCAAGAUUGCCAAUAGUGAUUCCAAUCUGGUUUUUGGCCAUUAUUUUCCCAUUCUUUGGCCCCAUAAACUCUGCAGUUGGAGCACUUUUAGUGAGUUUCACAGUCUACAUCAUCCCGUCUCUUGCCCAUAUGCUUACUUACCGAAAAGCCACUGCUCGUCAGAAUGCUGCAGAAAAGCCUCCGUUUUUCAUGCCAAGCUGGACAGCCAUGUAUGCACUAAACAUAUUUGUGGUAGGUUGGGUUUUGGUGGUUGGAUUCGGGUUUGGAGGAUGGGCAAGCAUGACAAAUUUCGUCAGACAAGUCGACACAUUCGGUCUCUUUGCUAAAUGUUAUCAGUGCAAGCCUCCAAUACCGGCACAUCAAUCUCCUGUAGCGCCCCACCACUAAGGACUUACAUGUCGCCGGUGACACGCCACCACCACCACCAAGAGGGUCACACUUCUUCGACUCAGUAAAAUGUGAAAGUUUUACCGAUUAACUCGUCCCUUCAUGCUCUCUCAUGCACUCUCUCUAUGGUUUGUAAUAUAGGGGAGAUUGCAAUGUAUUCCCCAAAAUGUGAGGUGUGUUUAUCUUUUCUUUUAUUUUCCGAAUAGUAUUAUAUUUUUCUUUUAAUAUUAGAUAAUAUAAGAGUGUUGAAUUGAAAUUAUUCCUUUGCUAUCAAAGUACAGGCUUCUUUAGUCAUUAUAACAAUGUAAAUUUAAA